AUGGAGCCUUUUGUGCAGGCCAUCGACCUCACAACUCUGAUGUGCCAGGCUCGAGGGCAUAGCAUAGUCAGAAAGUUGCACCUGGAGCUGCGUGAGCAUGCGACCUAUGUGCUGGAGUGCCUGUCGCAUGCUGGCUUGGCCACUCCGGUUGCAUCUUCCACGCUUGGAGGCAGUCCGCGGCAUCGCCGUCAAAGGCCCCCGAGUUUUCAUUUGACGCCGAACCCGGAGCAUGCGCUCGCAGAGGUUGCAGAGGAGUCACCAAGCGCGCACAUGUCAGACUUUCAGCUCGACUCGCCACUAUCCAGGGGUGGUGCUGCUAGCAGAGCGAGCUCCAGUACAUCUCCAACCCCGGUGCUGCCAGAAGGUCCCAAGCUGCAGCUGCCGCUUAGCAACUUGAAAUCGGACAGCUGGGUCAACCUACAGGAUUGGGCAAAGUCCACAUCCGACCCGAAGAUUUCUAAGCGACCUCUAUCUCUGUAG